CCCCUUGGCAAGCUCCUGUGACCAAUGGGACAGCCUUGGAAAAGGCCCGGGCCGCCUCCGGAGCUUCAAAAACGUGUGAGGAGGGAAGAGGGUGCAGACGGAGUCUCAGCUGCUGCCGCGGUCCUCGGUCCUCAGAGCCACCGUGACCACUGCUACCACUGGCCAGCAUGUCCUCUGCUCAUUUCAAUAGAGGCCCUGCCUAUGGGUUGUCAGCGGAGGUCAAGAACAAGCUGGCCCAGAAGUAUGACCUCCAGCGGGAACAGGAGCUUCGAGAGUGGAUCGAGGGCGUGACAGGUCGUCGCAUAGGCAACAACUUCAUGGACGGUCUCAAAGACGGCAUCAUUCUUUGCGAGUUUAUCAACAAGCUCCAGCCAGGCUCUGUGAAGAAGGUCAAUGAGUCGACCCAAAAUUGGCACCAGCUGGAGAACAUAGGCAACUUCAUCAAGGCCAUCACCAAAUACGGGGUGAAGCCCCACGACAUCUUCGAGGCCAACGACCUGUUUGAGAACACCAACCACACGCAGGUGCAGUCCACCCUCCUGGCCCUGGCCAGCAUGGCCAAGACAAAAGGAAACAAGGUGAAUGUGGGGGUGAAGUACGCAGAGAAGCAGGAGCGGAAAUUUGAGCCAGAGAAGCUACGAGAAGGGCGGAACAUCAUUGGGCUGCAGAUGGGCACCAACAAAUUUGCCAGCCAGCAGGGCAUGACAGCCUAUGGUACCCGGCGCCACCUCUAUGACCCCAAGCUGGGCACGGACCAGCCCCUGGACCAGGCAACCAUCAGCCUGCAGAUGGGUACCAACAAGGGAGCCAGCCAGGCUGGCAUGACUGCGCCUGGGACUAAACGGCAGAUCUUCGAGCCGGGGCUGGGCAUGGAGCACUGUGACACGCUCAACGUCAGCCUGCAGAUGGGCAGCAACAAGGGGGCCUCGCAGCGGGGCAUGACGGUGUACGGGCUGCCACGCCAGGUCUAUGAUCCUAAGUAUUGCCUGACGCCCGAGUACCCGGAGCUGGGCGAGCCUGCCCACAACCACCACCCACACAAUUACUACAACUCUGCCUAGGGCCCUGGGCCUCUGCCUUUUCCCCCAGGGAGGCUGGCUGCUGCUCUCAGCAGGGCCCAGCCCGGCUCGCUGACCCCCGCCGCUGCAUGGCGCCUUCCAGCCCCCUGGCACCUGCCUACAGGGUUAGCAUUCUGGGCGGGGGAGGAGCAAACUGGGGGCCUGUGGGGGGAAGGGAGCCCUCCUCCCUGGAGCACUGCAGGGUCCAACAUCAAGCCGGGUGUUCCCAACAGCACUCAAAGGAUGCACUGAGCAAAGCUACCCCGGCUGUCCCCCCACUCCUUCACAAGUGGGUCUCCCCAAGACAAAAAGCCCCCCGAGCAAAGCCCCCAGAGCCCAGAUUCGAUCCUCCCUCAUCCCAUCCCCGCAGUGGGAGCCAACUGCAUGCCCAGAGACGCAGCGGACACACGCGAUUUGGUUUGCAGCAACUGGCAUACGUGGAUGUGAUGGCGGCGUUUGUAACGCGAGCACUUUCUUUUUCUAUUUCACUGGAGCACAAUAAAUGGCUGUAAAAUCA